AGCUACCCUGCCGGCAAAUCAUAUAACCCGUUACCUCUAUCAUCAACGCAUCAUCAUCCCUAUACAUAUAUAUAGGCUCCAUACGUGAUUAGAAAGAGCUAUAGCACUAGCUAGCCUCAAGCAGUUGCAACCAUGUGGCAGCCUCAUCGUAGAUAUGCGUUUGGGAGGGCCGACGAGGCCGCCCACCCUGAUUCCAUCAGAGCUACUCUAGCCGAAUUCAUUGCCACUCUCAUCUUUGUCUUUGCUGGGGAAGGCUCUAUCCUCGCUCUGGGGAAAAUUUACAAGGACGGGGACACACCCGUGGCAGAGUUGAUAGCCAUAGCUAUUGCACAUGCGUUUGCUCUCUUUGCGGCCAUCUCAGCCAGCAUUAAUAUCUCUGGUGGCCAUGUCAACCCUGCAGUAACCUUUGGGGCUCUUCUUGGUGGAAGGAUUUCGGUUGUUCGCGCCUUCUAUUACUGGGUGGCUCAGCUCCUUGGGGCUAUUGUGGCUUCCCUUCUUCUAAGGCUUGUCACAAAUAACAUGAGAACCGUGGGUUUCAACGUCGCCCCUGGUGUUGGCGAGGUGCAUGGACUAAUACUAGAGAUCGUGAUGACAUUUGGUUUAGUCUACACCGUAUAUGCUACAGCCAUUGAUCCUAAGAAGGGAAGCUUGGGAACCAUCGCUCCUCUGGCCAUUGGAUUCAUUGUUGGCGCAAAUAUCCUGGUGGGUGGGCCAUUUGACGGGGCAUCCAUGAACCCGGCAAGGGCAUUCGGACCAGCACUGGUUGGGUGGAGAUGGAAAAACCACUGGAUCUACUGGCUUGGACCAUUUAUAGGAGGUGGAUUGGCAGGUCUCAUAUAUGAAUACAUGAUCAUACCGACCGAGGCCCCCCACGCCCACCACACUCACCAGCCCUUGGCUCCUGAAGACUACUAGUUCCUUUGUGGUGUAAUAAUGUCGAUAUAUGCAUUGGAGAAUGGCCUCUGCUAGCUACCUCUUUGUGCCAUUUAAAGUUUGGAAGUGUUCCUGUUGGUUAUGUAAUUUUCUUGGUGCUCUUUUUGUUGGGUUGGGUUUGGGAACUUUGUUGUGUUCAAUUGUGUAGAAGUUGUGUGCAUUACAUUCACAUAUGUGAUUGUAAAGCUAAUAAAUUGCCAAACAGUUAUUUCUUAUGGUUAUCAUUAAAAGCUUCUCGCUUAUUAUGACGCUCUAGCAACAAAGAAUAAUCGGAUUCACCAAGGCACCAACAUCCAUUACACUAAGAAAACAACGAAUAAUUUUCACAGCAGCGAGCUUUAUUCAAGGCAGGGGGCUUACCUGACCU